AUGGCGACUAAGGAAUGGGGCCUUUUGUCCCAAGCAGACGAGGAUGCGCUCCACAAUGUAUCGCGCCUUCUAGCAGUCGAGGCUCGUCCAUACACAAACGCCGCAGGUCGUCUGCUCAAGCCGGGGUUCUUUGAAGAUGCACGCCCAAAACAGCUUCUCUCGCCGCCGCCAGACGCCACAGCUGCUGAGGAGGAAGCAGUCGCGCUGAAAGUCGAGCGCGAGCAGCAGGCACACAACAUUGAGAUAUGGCGCAAAGAUAUUAUGAACGAGCUUUCGCUACUCGACUAUGCAAUUCUACGCGCCGAAUUCACGACAAACAGCAAUCAUACGGAGCGCGAGCGAUACGCCGUGGAAAAGACGGCCAUCGAGGCAAAGCAGGACCAUGUGCGCAAGACAAUUGAAGAUCUUCGCGUCCGACUCAUCGAAGCCAAGGAAACACUUGCCGUGCGUAAGACGUAUGACGAGUUGACCGAAAAGAUCACAAGCAGUAAGAUGCUCAAGCCGCGCGACGAGCAAGCACAUGCACACGUAAAGCUGGACCAAGAGAUACGGGAGCUCGAGCACGAAGUGCAGUCAGCCAAGGAUACCUGGAGUGAGCGCCGUACACAGUUUGGCCGCAUAGAAGAGGAGGCUCGGGAGAUGCUGCGCAUGAUCAAGGAUGAGAAGGAAGAGGCUGAGCGCAAGGAGGGCAUGAUGAAGGACGGGGACGAGGAUGGCGAGGGAGACGGCAGCAUGUCCAGGGGAGACGUCAGUCAUGCUGGUACGCCACGGCCGGAUGGUGGUAUGACGCCCGUACACGCCAGCCAGGGCGGAGAAGGGUCGUCACUACGAGCACCGCCCCAAGAUCGGUUGAAGCCUCUGUCUCGAGACGUCAGUAUUGCACCUUCGGCUAGAUCUGGUGCUGCAGAGGACACUGAAAUGGCAGAUUUGGGUGCAAACUCAGGCCAUGCCAAUGCAGAUGACUCGGAUGGCUUAGAAGAGGGCGAAGACCUGGAAGAUGGCGAGCAUGACGGUGAUGAUGGACCAUCAAUGAGCAUGGACGAGUCGUAA